AAACAAAAAUCGAAAACAUACCAGUAAAAAAGUGGACAAUACAAAAUAGGGGAAAAAUCAGCGAUAAGCUGUUAGUAUUGCCGGAGCAGUUAUGGUGACAGAUAUGCGCGAAAAGUGAACACGGACAACAAAUUUGAUGAAGGGAGAAAUUCCACAAAGGAAUAAAAUUUUAUAGCAACAACAAAAAGAAUGCUUAAAAGCGCUAACACAUAAUAAACUAUAGAGUAGUAGUUUGAAGCAAGUACGAGUGGAAAAUCAUAGCAACAAUUCCAAGAAAUACCAAUACGUGCCCCCAUAGCGUAACUGAUUCAGUACUUCAUUUAUUUUGCCCAGCGUUUAGUUUGCGCGGCUAAGCGCCAGUGAAAAUUUGUGCGCCAUACCAAAAAAUUCAGUUGAACAGCUAAGCGUGAACGAGGUAGUGCGAAGUGCGGUUCGUUGAGCGAAUAUUUUACGAAUAUCGUCCUUUAACGCUAGAACACAAAAAAAUGAUAAAAAUAAAACACUGCGUGAUGCGAAACUAGAAACAACUUCACAAAAAAUAGUAAAAUUAAAAACUCAAUAACAAAAAAUAAGUAUUUAAAAGAUUUGAAUUAUUGUAAUAUGUAAAGCACAUACAUACAUCCACAAAAAUUUCCUACAAUCUACAAAGAAACUUGUGCAAACCAUUUGGGAGACAUUUAAACUUGUGCUUACAUCAUUAAAAGAAAAAUUUAUAUAAAAAGUUAAUUUUAAUAUUAUCCAAUAGAGACAUUUAAAAGACAUACUCAGACCAUGAGACUUGGAUCACUGCUCUGACCAAAGAUUCAACAUCAACAAAAAAAUUUCGAAUACGAAAAAUACAAUCGCAGAAGAUGACGACACAAUACAAAAAUAAUUUCGAGCUACGCUUUACCGAUGACGAGGUUACAGAAGGUGCCUUACAAGUAUGGCGUGCGCUACCCGAGCGCAUACGUCAGGACCCGAGCUUAGCAUCGUUCCGCUUGGAACAUGAACGCAUUCAUGGCGACUUGGAUGCGUUGCCUUCGCCGGAUGUGUCCGAACACUAUGUUAAGUCGCCAAAUGCCUUUACCAAGGUGGGCAUCAAUGUGACCAAUGAGCUGGGGCAAGUGCGUAUCUUGGAAGUUAGGGACAUGGAGAAUAAUAACGAAGAUCAUCAUGACGAGCACGAUGAGCCACAUUCGCGUAGGAGGAAUAUAUUGAAGUGGUUCAAAAUUUCGGUGCUAAUAGUAGUUUGGGCUGUGUUUACUGCAUUUCUUAUGUCGAAUAACGAGCAUGUCGAUGAACUCAGACUGAUGAGUAUUCCUAAAAGUGGUGAAGAAAAAUUGUUCCCCAUAACGACCGCUUCGUUGUCCCGUGUCGGGCUCAAGCUGAAGGGCGCCUUCCGCCAACAAGAAGCCGAGACAAUUGGCAAAAAUAAGAGCGCCUACUCCGCACCACCAGCACUCCAUGUACAGAUCCAACGCAAAUACUACAAUGCCAGCGGUGAUGAGUUCUACGUAGAAGAUGCUUCUAAAGUUUGGAAAUUAUCGAUCGUCUAUCCAGAACAGUUAGAUGUCACAAAGGAAACGUGGAAAGCGAACAAUUAUGACAUAUCUCCAGCCGAUGAAGAACUACUGCUGCAAUCCAACUACACCCAAUUGAAUUUGCGUUUCAUCACCAACAUCGAAACCGAAUUUCCAUUGCAGCUGUCUAUCGACGAAUCGCCCAUCUACAAGAAGGAGGGUGUCAUCUAUGCGGCGAUAGUGCUGUGCGGCCUGUAUAUUAUGAUUAUUUGGGAAAUAGUCAAUCGUACCUUUGCGGCGAUUAUUGCUUCCACGCUGUCGAUUGGUAUUCUGGCGGCACUAAACUCACGUCCCUCCAUGGCGACAAUAAUGGGUUGGAUCGAUGUGGAGACUUUAUUGCUGCUCUUCGGCAUGAUGAUAUUAGUGGCCAUACUCUCCGAGACUGGCAUUUUCGACUAUUUGGCUGUGUAUGCUUAUAAGAUAACGAACGGUCACAUUUGGCCACUUAUCAACUGUCUGUGUUUGUUCACGGCGGUACUUUCCUCAUUUCUGGACAAUGUGACGACCGUAUUGCUGAUGACACCGGUCACUAUACGCCUCUGUGAGGUUAUGUCGCUGAAUCCGGUGCCUAUACUGAUGUGCAUGGUGAUUUAUUCGAAUAUUGGUGGGGCGCUAACGCCCGUCGGUGAUCCACCAAAUGUGAUAAUUGCUUCGAAUAAUUUCAUUGCAAGAAACGGUGUCAAUUUUGCCAUAUUCACGCUGCAUAUGCUACCUGGUGUGAUAUUGGUGAUGCUGCAAACAUAUUUGCAGUUACGUUUUAAGUUCCGCAAUACGAACGACCUGCAGUUCAAAGACUCACCCGAGGUGGAAGAAAUACGUCACGAGAUACAUGUGUGGAAGCGCGCAGCCCAAAGUCUGUCAGCCUAUUCCAAAGACGAAGAAAUUGUGCGUCAAACGCUGAUGAAAAAAGUGAAUCGUUUGAAGCAUAGUUUGAAGAAGCGUGUAUCCGAGGCGGUAGAACCGGCGCCGAACUACAAACAAACAUUGACGCAGUUGCAAGCGAAAUAUCCCAUCCGCAACAAGUCGCUGCUUAUCAAGUGCUCAUUCGCUCUUGUCUUUGUCAUCAGCUUGUUUUUCCUACACUCAGUGCCCGAAUUACAACGCCUCUCUUUGGGGUGGACUGCCCUCUUGGGCGCCAUAUUUCUGCUCAUCUUGGCCGAUAUCGAGGACAUGGAAGCGAUAUUGGCACGUGUAGAAUGGUCUACGUUGUUGUUCUUCGCGGCGCUUUUUAUUCUCAUGGAAGCGCUUUCCGAACUGGGUCUCAUUGAAUGGAUUGGCCAGAUGACAGAGAGCAUCAUUUUGGGUGUGAGCGAAGGUUCCCGUCUAAUGGUGGCGGUAUUGAUUAUACUUUGGGUUUCAGCCAUAACCUCUGCUUUUGUCGACAAUAUCCCACUAACAACAAUGAUGGUCAAAAUUACAAUAUCUUUGGCGGAAAACUCAGCGUUGAAUUUGCCGCUGCAACCACUGGUGUGGGCCUUAGCUUUGGGAGCUUGUUUGGGCGGCAAUGGCACACUGAUUGGCGCCUCGGCGAAUGUGGUUUGCGCAGGUGUGGCCGAACAGCAUGGCUACAAAUUCACUUUCCUAGAAUUUUUCAAGGUCGGUUUUCCAGUCAUGAUUGGUAGCAUUAUUGUCUCCACCACAUAUCUACUUUUCACGCAUGUCCUCUUCGCUUGGCACUGAUCGGCAGUUGUUGGAAUUGGCAGUUAAUUGCAGUAAAAAUACAAAUACCUCGUCUAACAGGAAAGGCGUUGAAAGGAAUUUCGACGUGCGAAAAAACGAGCUUAGCAACCCCAUUAUUUUUGUUUUUCUUCGUUUUUUGUAGAUAUAAAAUAAUUCACCCUAGGUCUAUUAUACCAAGAUCCGUGUGCGUAAAUCAAUUGAAAAGUUUUUAUUAGAAAAGUUUAAUAUUUGAAUUUUGAAAUUUACUUAGUACGUUGAAAAAGAAUUUUCUCGGUUCUAAAUAGAAUUGAUGAAAUUUCUUUAACACUUUUAGGGAAAAUUGUAUAGAAAAAACAACGUUGCGUUUAAAGUUAUUUUGGUGUAAAAUAAAAUAAAUAUGAAACGGCAAAAUGAAUAGCAUUCUAAAUAAUAAACGAAAGCUAAAUUUAAGUGUAGAAAAUUAUAGUAAUAUUGAAGUAAAAGACCAAACGAAAACAAAAAAAAAAA